GACCCAAGCAGUUUCAAAUAGUUUGAAAUGGGUAUACUCAGUCCACUACAAUAUUUUCGUAAUACUGGCCACUUUUAGUAUUAAACACAACAUCAGGGCAAAACGAAACGUAAACGCGAUCGGUCAUUUUAAAUGCCGAAAUGCUUUGUUGGCCAAUGACGGGGACCUCUUCCUGCAGAUGUACUCAGCCAGCCAAGGGAAAGCAAAGGAAGUAGCCAAUGAAGAACUCGAUUACUGAAAGGCAGCCAAUGGAUGGCCAGAAUGUUGCCGACUGGAAAAGUUCAGAGGCUGAUUUCUGUACUGGAGCGGAUGCCUCGUACCAAGGCUAGUAGACGUUCAGAAGCUGCUCGGAAGAGAUCUAAUAGAAAAUGAGGUAACGUUAUCCCGCUAAUAAGUGCCGGCAAGUUUCACCGCUGGAAUUGGUGAUAUUAGAAAAAAUAUUGUUCCUGCGGCGAAUGGCAGCAGACAGCAAGGUGAUGGAAAGUAUCGUGAUCUUGGACGACGAGGAAGAGGAGGAGGAAAAAGCUUGUUCGCGUGCCUCAUCUUCCUCGUCUCAGCUGCCUGUCGAUUCAGGAUCUGCGCGGGUCUCUGUGCCUGUCCCCACCCACAUCACCACGUCACCUUUCGCUUCCGCCCAGAAAGACAGCUCCAUCCUUCGCAUUGAGAACCAGAAGCUCUUUAUGGAGUUUGUGGAGCACUGCAGGACUCUCACGCAGGACCACCCGGAGGUCAUAACGUUCCUUCAGGCCAAGCACGCCAAGGUCUCACCUGACUUCCUGGCCUCGGUGGAGCUCCGCAACACGCUGGGCCGCUGCCUGACGCGGGCCCAGGCCGGCCGCUCAAAGACCUUCGUCUACAUCAACGAGCUGUGCACCGUGCUGAAGCAGCACGCCGCCAAGAAGAGGCUGCCGGUCACUCCGGCGCCAUCCGCCGCCGAGGGGGAUCCCGGUGGGGCGGAGCAGCCGCAGGAGGGACGGCCCACCUCACCUGAGCCAGGAGAACAGAAAAAAACAGUAAAGGCUUCUAAGAGACAGAUUGCAUACCUGGAGAACCUGCUGAAGGUGUAUUACGAGGAGAUCCGCCGGCUGCAGGAGAAAGAGAUAAGUCUGGACGACAUGGUGGAGGAGGAUUGCAGCUACAUACAGGAGCACAAGCUGAAACGCAAGAUGAUGAAGAUCUAUGACAAGCUGUGCGAGCUGAAGGGCUGCAACACUCUGACGGGGAGGGUGAUCGAGCAGAAGGUGUCGUACACAGGGACCCGCUACCCCGAGAUCAACAAGAAGAUUGAACGCUUCAUAAACAGCCUGGAGUCCCGACAGAACCCUCCUGACUAUGCGGACAUCCUGCGGCUGGUGCGGCGGGUCAACGAGAGGCACGGCCUCUUGCUCAGCCAAAAGCAGGUGACUCAGAUCGCCCAGGACAGCUUCCGCGAGACGGGCAACCGGCUGCAGGAGAGGCGACACCUGGACAUGGUGUUCAACUUCGGCAGUCACCUGACGGACGAGUACAAACCUGCCUUGGACCCCGCCCUCUCUGACCCCGUCCUCGCUCGCAAGCUGCGCUCCAACAGGGAACUGGCGCUGACCCGGCUCGAAGAAGUCGUCUCCAAAUACGCCCUGCACCAGGACGACUCGGAGGAACAGGAGAGGAAGAAGCGGCAGGAGAAGCUGAAGAAGGAGAAGGCACCUGACGACAAACAGGAGGCCACGCCGGCCGAGAAUGAGACGAAAGGCGAGGAAGAGGACGAGGGAUGCGAGAGCGACGGAGAGGUGGCAGAGAGCGAGGGACAGGAAGAUGAUGAAGACGAAGAAGAGGAGGUAUCCUCUGACCCAGACAUUGAGGAGGAGCUAACGGCCAGCCAAUCACAGGAGGGAGCAGAUGAAGAAGAUGGAGGGGAGGAGGAAGAGGAGGCGACCGAUGAGAGUGAUAUACAGCAGCAAUGGGGAGCUGGAGUAUCCACUAGCCCGGAGGAUGUGGAUAUGAACGGCGAGGAAGACAGUCGAUCGGUGAGCAGUUGUCAAGGCCAUGGUGGUGAAGAACGCCCACCAAGUGUCAGAGAGGAGGGGAAGGAUGGCUCCACCCCUCCAGUUAGCCCCAGCCAAUCAGAAGCUGUGGAUCCGGACAAGUGUUUGCUCACUGUCGCUAGCAAAUCUGCCUCAUCUGACCAUUUAAUAGCUGCUUCACCAAGCUCAGGUGCAGAGGUCUGUCUGCCUUCCUCCAUACUGGACACUGAAAUUGGUUCCUGUUCUUCCCUCAUGGCAAAUCCAGACUCUUUGCCUUCAUCACCUGCAAUGGUUUUAUCCAAUCAGCAUUCACUAUCCCCACCACAUGACUCGAGGUCAGCCAAUUGCAGUCCCCUGCCACUAAGCCCUCAGGCAAUUAUGAAGACUCCUAGUUCAAGGAAAAGGAAGAGGAUGACAGGGUCAAGUGGUCAGAGUGCCCUCAAUGGCAGCCACAAACGGGCAUGUGCGGACAGUGAUGACGACAUCCCCCUGGAUAUGGGUGUGGUGAGCAGCAGCCCCCAACAAGCUGAUUCCACCCGUGCAGACAGCCCCUGCCAGGAACUGGUCAGCAGUUCACAGUGCACGCCUCCCCCCAAGAGAAACAAGGUCAACGUGGCGACGCAGUGUGAUCCAGACGAGGUGAUCGUGCUGUCGGACUCCGACUGACCGUUCCCUCGCUAGGAACCCCUAGAAGCAAAUGGGCCUCAGCCCUACCCCUCCCUGUGCAGUCACUCCUUGGUCGGAAUGAGCUGGUAGCGCCAAAGUCAUGGUAUGGGUGUCCGCGUGUGGGUGAACGCCAAGACUUCAGCCUCUGACAUGGACAUUCAGAUGGCUGUACAUCCUGGGAAAGAGGGGGACUCGGAGCAGCUUUUCACAUUUUAGGUUAUUUUAGCUGGGUUUUUAAUUCAUUUUUUUGUUUUUUUUUUGUGGGGACAGGAAAAGGGUCUUUGCAGCCAGUUUUUACAACUGGUUUCUCCUCCACCUAUUUGACUGUUGGGUUCCUUUGUUGCAAAUGAGAUCACUUGCAAUUUGUUGAUUCUUCCCCAGUUCAAACAGGGUUUGCAUAAUUUAAGCGAAGGGGAGGCUUUGCACCGAGACAAGGCCUGCUGAUCACUUAGCACAGUCUGACGGGAGAUGGAAUCCCAGCAGUGCCCAGCAUUGGUCUUUAGGGUCUUGCAACUCAUGAGCUUUUCUCCAUAUGCUAUGCAGCCACCUGUGGCUCAUUCUUUUCCACCAUCUUUGUUUCAUCAUUAUAGGAGUUGAUUUAUCAGCUUAUUAAAGAAGCCAACAAUGCUAAUAAAAUCUGAUGCUGGA